AUGCAGACGCGUCCGUUUUUUGGAUUCCAGGAUCGCUCCGUCAGAGUCUGGGAUUUGAACACCUUGGCCAUGCUGGCGAGCCUGGAACAGGCGCACCUCAGCGGCAUAUUCCGGGUUCGGCAGCUCGACUCAGGAGAUUCCUUCAUCACCGCCAGCAGAGACAGGACCAUGAAGGUGUGGCUCUCUUCGACAUGGCAGGCGCGCCGCACCUUGGCGCCGCCGCACUACGAUGGGGUGAGCGAUGUGGCAGUGGCCGCCAAGAAAGGCUACUUCUUCUCCGCGAGCCGUGACAGGUCGAUUCGCCGGUGGGACUGCAAGACUCUGGAGAGUGAUUUGCAGCUUGCACAUGCCCAAGGCGACUGGCUGACGGCCUUGGCGCUGGCGCCUUCGGAGGAGGUGCUCUUCAGCGGGGGCAAGGAUUCCAUCAUCAAGGUUUGGGACUGCGACCUGCAUUGUAAGGACAUGCUGCAAGGUCACAGGGGCCCCAUCUCCGAUUUGUUGACGAUCGAUCACCAUCUGUUCUCAGCGUCGCACGAUCGAACGGUCAGAGUAUGGAAGAUCGAUCACUUUGACACUUGA